AUGAAUAAUAUGGACCUAAGAGUUGGUUGGUUCCCCUCCCCUCUUACCUUCUGCAGCUCGGUUUUCCUUGAGUCUCACGUCUUCUCUAAAUCUGCCCUAUGUUCUUUCCACUUUUGUACUUGGCCCCUAGAACUCCGGAUCAAGAGGCAGAACUCCUCAGAUAGCAUCUCAAGCCUCAACAGCAUCACUAGCCAUUCCAGUAUUGGCAGCAGCAAGGAUGCUGAUGCAAAAAAGAAGAAAAAAAAGAGCUGGGUCUAUGAGCUUCGAAGUUCCUUCAACAAAGCCUUCAGCAUAAAAAAAGGACCCAAGUCAGCUUCCUCAUACUCUGACAUAGAGGAAAUUGCCACACCUGACUCCUCAGCCCCCUCAUCCCCCAAACUACAGCAUGGUUCCACAGAGACCGCGUCACCCUCCAUCAAGUCCUCCAACUCAUCCUCUGUGGGCAUCGAUGUCACUGAGGGCCCUGCUCACUCAGUUCCCCACGCUAGGCUGUUCCAUGCCAGUGAGGAGGAGGAGCCAGAGAAGAAGGAGGUGUCAGAGCUGCGCUCUGAGCUGUGGGAGAAAGAGAUGAAGCUUACAGACAUCCGCUUGGAGGCCCUCAACUCUGCCCACCAGCUAGACCAGCUCCGGGAGACCAUGCACAACAUGCAGUUGGAGGUGGACCUGCUGAAAGCAGAGAAUGACCGGCUGAAGGUAGCCCCAGGUCCCUCAUCAGGCUCCACUCCAGGGCAGGUCCCUGGAUCAUCUGCUUUAUCAUCCCCUCGCCGCUCCCUGGGCCUUGCACUCACCCAUUCCUUCAGCCCAAGUCUCACAGACACAGACUUAUCACCCAUGGAUGGCAUCAGCACUUGUGCUCCAAAGGAGGAAGUGACCCUUCGGGUGGUGGUGAGGAUGCCCCCCCAGCACAUCAUCAAAGGGGACUUGAAGCAGCAAGAAUUCUUCCUGGGAUGUAGCAAGAUCAGCGGGAAAGUUGACUGGAAGAUGCUGGAUGACGCUGUUUUCCAAGUGUUCAAGGACUAUAUUUCUAAAAUGGACCCAGCCUCUACCCUGGGGCUUAGCGCCGAGUCCAUCCACGGCUACAGCAUCAGCCACGUGACACGGGUGCUGGAUGCUGAGCCCCCAGAGAUGCCUCCGUGCCGUCGAGGUGUCAACAGCAUAUCAGUGUCCCUCAAAGGUCUGAAGGAGAAAUGCGUCGACAGCCUGGUGUUUGAGACACUGAUCCCCAAGCCGAUGAUGCAGCACUACAUAAGCCUCCUGCUCAAGCACCGGCGCCUCGUCCUCUCAGGCCCCAGCGGCACGGGCAAGACCUACCUGACCAAUCGGCUGGCCGAGUACCUAGUGGAGCGCUCCGGCCGUGAGGUCACCGAGGGCAUCGUCAGCACUUUCAACAUGCACCAGCAGUCUUGCAAGGAUCUGCAACUGUAUCUUUCCAACCUGGCCAACCAGAUAGAUCGGGAAACUGGAAUUGGGGAUGUGCCCCUGGUGAUCCUGUUGGAUGACCUGAGUGAAGCAGGCUCCAUCAGUGAGCUGGUCAACGGGGCCCUCACCUGCAAGUAUCACAAAUGCCCCUAUAUCAUAGGUACCACCAAUCAGCCUGUAAAAAUGACACCCAACCAUGGUUUGCACUUGAGCUUCAGGAUGCUGACCUUCUCCAACAACGUGGAGCCAGCCAAUGGCUUCCUGGUUCGUUACCUGAGGAGGAAGCUUGUGGAGUCAGACAGCGACGUCAACGCCAACAAGGAAGAGCUGCUUCGGGUGCUCGACUGGGUACCCCAGCUGUGGUACCACCUCCACACCUUCCUGGAGAAGCACAGCACCUCAGACUUCCUCAUCGGCCCUUGCUUCUUUCUGUCCUGUCCCAUUGGCAUUGAGGACUUCCGGACCUGGUUCAUCGACCUGUGGAACAACUCUAUCAUCCCCUAUCUACAGGAAGGAGCCAAGGAUGGGAUCAAGGUUCAUGGACAGAAAGCCGCCUGGGAGGACCCAGUGGAGUGGGUCCGGGACACUCUUCCCUGGCCAUCAGCCCAACAAGACCAGUCAAAGCUGUACCACCUGCCCCCACCCACUGUGGGCCCUCAUAGCAUUGCCUCACCUCCUGAGGACAGGACAGUCAAAGAUAGCACCCCAAGUUCCCUGGACUCAGAUCCUCUGAUGGCCAUGCUGCUGAAACUUCAAGAAGCUGCCAACUACAUUGAGUCUCCAGAUCGAGAAACCAUCCUGGACCCCAACCUCCAGGCAACACUCUGAGGGUCCAGCAGUCACUGUCACCCCAGGACAGUGACAGCAGAGUGCUGGCAUCAGCUACGUCAGCUCCUCCUCUCCCCUCUCUUCUUUCAGAGCACUUGGCUCUCCAGCCCCAGAAGGAGAACAGGAGAGAGGAGGAGGUGAAAGAGAAGGGGUGGGUUCUUGGUGCUGCACCUUUGAGAACUUCCUAGUAAGGACUGGUGGGGUGGAGUUUGGGAGCUUGUGUCCCUAAAAUACAUUUUCUGGCCUCUUUUCGUGACUUUGGGGAAAAGAUGAUCCUGGGUCUUUUCCUUGUCUCAAUUACAAACUCGUGGGCGUUCUGGAGAAGAGUUCAGAAGAUGUCAGAAAACUCUGCAACAGUUCCUAAACUGAUUCUCACAAACGACUCUGAGAGAGACAGUCACGUGUGGGGAAAUCUGAGGGAGGCAGGAAGCUCCCCAGAUUUUCUUGCAGACCCUUCCCCAUUUUGUCACCACUGCCAACAACUCUUCCCCCAGAGAUCUGGCUGAAGCCCAGAAAAAGAAGCAUGUGGUUUAAAAAAUGUCUAACUCAAUCUUUAAAUGGUAAAAGAAAAAAACACAAUGGAAAAGAUGAAGCUGGAGAGAGGGAAACCAGUUGCCAAGGUAGAAAGAGAGCUGCCCGCUCCUGCCCUGUGGAUGACAUAGGGGACAUUGACGUCUGCCAAUCUAAGAAGUCGCCAAACCACAAAAAUAACAUUAUGGCCUUUAGAGAAAGAUGACUAGAUCUAUCUUUCUACCCUUUAAUUUAACAAAGCAUGAGAGCCAAUAAACCCUACUUUUUUAAUUUUUAA